AUGGAGACGCUGAUGGAGCUGACGGAAGAGGAGCUGGCCAAGCUGGGACUCGAUCGCUUGGGUCCGAGGAACAAACUCUUCUCGCACAUCCAGCACCUCAAGCUCGCUUUCCCGCGGGUGCUGUCCACGCGUGACCGGGACGUGGAGGCGCGCGCGAUCGACUUUGCGGACCUCAAGCUGGGCAAGACGCUCGCGCAGGGCCGCACCGGGGAGGUGUUCGAGGGCCGCCUGCGGAACCACACGAGCGUCGUCAUCCGUCGACUCAACAAGAAUGUCAACCAGACCAUCUUCCUCAACGAAGCCAAGCUCUUCAGUUUGGUGUCGAGUCAUCCGCACGUGGUGGCCUUCAUGGGCGUGGCCAAGGACGCCGACCACCUCUACCUAGUCUACGAGCGCGUUCCUGAUGGCACGCUGCGGGACUACCUCCAGAGCCGGAAGAAGAAGCUGCCGCUCCACACGCUCAUCGAUCUCACCAAGGACGUGGCCGCGGGCAUGGAUCACCUGCACCAGCACGGGAUCGUGCACCGUAAUCUGACGGCGGGCAACCUGGUGCUCGAGCGACUGCGCAGCUACAACAUCGUCAAGGUCUGCGACGCGGGCCUCCUCAAGGCGCUCGAAGCUGCCGGCCACUACCAGCAGGCGUCCGCGCGGUGGCUCAGCCCCGAGGCGAUCGCGUGGCAGAAGUUUACGCCCAAGUCCGACAGCUGGAGCUUCGGGGUGGUCAUGUGGGAGAUCUUCAGCGGCGGGAAGCUGCCGUUCAGCGAGCACGGGGACGACGACGAGGAGCGGGUCGAGGAGAUGAUCGGCCGGGUGCCGCUGGCGUGCCCCGCCGGGUGUCCCGAGGAGGUGUUCAGGAUCAUGGAGUCGUGCUGGGCGGCCGACCCCGACCAGCGCCCGACCAUGUACGACCUGGGCAACAAGCUGGCCGACCUCGACUACGGCCGCGACGGCGACGGGCCGGACAGCGAAGACGACAGCAGCGACUCGUCCGACGGCGAAUCGGCCGAGAGCGACGAUGGCGCCACUAGCACCACCAGCGAUGAAGUCUACAGCAGCGACGGCAGCGGCAGCCAGGCCGUCUACGCCUCGCUUCGCGACUCGAGAUGA